CCGGGAUGGAACAGCCGCUGAGAGAGGUGCUCCAAGACCCAGAGGUGGUGCGUGGCCUGACGGAGAACCCGGCUUUCUUCAGAUUUCCUCGCCGUCCCGUGGUGGCGGUGGGAGCGGUGGCGUGGCCCCCCCAUGUGGUCAUGACCAGCGUUGCCGGCGGCCGCAUCGUCGUCUCGGGCGCCAUGGGCAACGUGCUGCAGGUGUUGGCUCAAACACUGAACUUUACGUACAAUAUAGUGAUACCUGAGGAUGGAGGGUGGGGCUCCCGGCGUCCCAAUGGCAGCUGGACGGGCAUGGUAGGCCAAUUGGUUCGCAAGGAAGCUGACCUCGCCUUGGGUCCGUUCGGCGUGACGGUGAGUAGAGCCGAAGUGAUCGACUACACGCUGUCCUUCCUUAUGGGGGACUACACACUACUGUCAAGGAAGGGCCCGCCAGAGAUUGACCCUUGGGGUUUCUUGUUUCCGCUGACCGAGACCGUGUGGGCUGCGGUGGCGGCAGCCCUUGUGGUUGCUUGGCUGGCCGCCACGCUAGUGGCUCGACGCCCGCGGUAUGUUAACGUCUUGGGAUGGGCAGGAGGAGUAUUUCUACAGCACGUGCGAGUUUUUUUCAACCAAGGAAUAACGUGGAAGGCUGCAUAUGGCCUGGCUGGGCAGACUGUGCUGGGAUCAUGGAUGGUGAUGGCGGCCGUGGUGUUCUGGAGCUACACGGGCAACCUCACCUCCCUGUUGGCGGUGCGGCACAUCCCUCAGCCCAUUCAGACACUCAGGGACCUGCUCGACGAUCCCGGUGUUACUCUGUACAUCAGCGCAAAUACACUCAUCAUAGAUACUAUAUCAAGAAUGGAGGACGGGGAGCUGCGGGAGAUGUACGACCUUAGGAACGUAGGUCGUCUGAAAUACCACUCGUUAUUCCCGGUGUCCAAAAUGCGGUAUGGCAGGGAGUCCAGCCUGUACACCACGCUCACGCACGACAUGGACAUUGCUUCGUACUUCCAAAAGACAAAGAGAUGCGAUUUCUACAAGUCGAGGGGACUUUUUACUACCAACAGCCACUGUAUGAUCACACAGAAGAAAAGCCCCCUUAUGAAAGCCAUUAACUAUAGGGCGCGCUCAGUGGUGGAGGCGGGGCUGUAUGACCACUGGAUGCAGCAGGAGAUGCCCGCAACGAACUGCCGGUACGCGCCAUCCGUCAUCACCGUACAGGAACCACUAUCCCUGAGUAACCUGUGGGGAUUAUUCGUGAUGCUAUUCGUGAUGCUGAUGGUGGCAGUGGCUGUCUUCUGCUUGGAGCUGUGCCUACCUCCGAAGACCAAAACUGGACCGUAA